AUGAGCGGAGCAGGGAAGAAGGUAGCCGACGUGGCAUUCAAGGCGGGAAGGACCAUCGACUGGGACGGCAUGGCCAAGCUGCUCGUCUCAGACGAGGCUCGCAGGGAGUUUGCAACCCUCCGCCGCGCCUUCGACGAGGUUAACUCUCAGCUUCAGACCAAGUUUAGCCAGGAACCAGAACCCAUAGACUGGGAUUAUUACAGAAAAGGGAUUGGCUCUCGUUUAGUUGAUAUGUACAAGCAAGCAUAUGACGAAGUUAAGAUUCCCCAGUAUGUUGACAAUGUCACUCCUGAGUACAAACCUAAGUUCGAUGCACUGUUGGUAGAGCUGAAAGAGGCUGAGGAGAAGUCAUUGAAGGAAUCUGAAAGAUUAGAAAAGGAAAUUGCUGAAGUUCAAGAGCUGAAAGCGAAGCUUAGUACUAUGACUGCUGAUGAGUACUUUGCAAAGCAUCCUGAGCUGAAGAAGAAGUUCGAUGAUGAGAUUAGAAACGAUUACUGGGGCUAUUAA